GAGAGAAAGAAUGUGUGUGGAAGUCGGGCGUGCGACUUGACAGGUCAAAAAGUUUGUUUUUAUUUGAAAAUCGUCCUGCUUUUAUAAUGAAGUCGUGUAUAAGGGGUGGGACGAUAGAGUUGCUAUAGGUUUAAACGAACGCACAACUAAUAAUAUACCGUUUUACGUGUCCGCAGUAAGACUGUGGCGAUUUCUCGGCGUGCCAUAAGUUAGUGAAAAUAUAAGAAAUUCUACUCGUAUGGCACCAUUUUCGACGCUUUGACGAUCGAGAGAAAGUUAAUAACGAACAUUAAGCUGUAUGAAUUUUCUUGAUAUUUGUUGCUUGUGUGUUCUUCUGUAACAACCAGGAAGGAUCAAAGCCAAUUCUAUUUUUGAUUGAAAAGUUUUAUCUUUACAUAAGAGAAAUGAUUCAAUGCACCAUGUGGCAUUUGUCAAAUAUCCUAGUAAUAAACUUUAUUAGAAGAAAGGAAUGGCUAGCUUGAUGGUGACUUCGUCAAGUAAAAACAGCUCGCGUAGCACUUCUCCUACUAGAGGGAAUACAUCUAUUUCUCAAGCGCAUCACCAACAAUCAGCUAGUUUAGAACAUACACCAAAAGCACGUAAUGCAAUCUACCAGACAGGAGAGGGUAGCACAGGCAGUGGUAGCAGCUGUGGUGGUUGUGGGAGUAGCUUCAGCAUGAAAGGUAGCAGUAGACAAAGAUCACCAGGUACUAUAAUUCGUAUGGGGGAUGUUAUGGAUGAAUCAAAUGGCAAUCCAAUCACUGCCGAACCAGAUGAGUUUGUGCCAAAUGUUCAACCUCCAACCGAUGAUGAAGGAGAACAAUAUCAUACCACACAAUCGUUCCUAUCUAAUGGCUCUUCUGAAUUAAUAAGCGAUGAUGUGGACUCAAGCGCUGCACGAGUUCGACAAGCGAUCGAACAUAUUCAAAGUAAAAUAGCUAGAACGCGUGAACUCAUACGUAUUGAGCAAACAACUCGUGAUGAAAAUGUUAAUGAAUAUUUGAAAUUGGCUGCAAAUGCGGAUAAACAACAAUUAACUAGAAUUAAAACAGUAUUCGAAAAGAAAAAUCAAAAAUCGGCAAAUAGUAUUUCUCAGUUACAAAAAAAGUUGGACAGUUAUCAAAAAAAAUUAAAAAGUUAUGAAAUGAAUGGUGCACCUGCAGGUCAUAGACAACCAAGAGAAGUACUUCGUGAUAUGGGACAAGGAUUAAAAAAUGUGGGUGGCAAUAUUAGGGACGGAAUCACUGGUUUUUCAGGGAGUGUUAUGUCAAAACCAAGGGAGUUUGCACAUCUUAUUAAAAAUAAAUUUGGGAGUGCUGACAACAUAAACACUUUAUCACAUGGCUCAACUUUUUAUGUAAACGAUACACCACAUGCAGGUAAUGGUGAUAAUGGUAGUGUUGAAGAAGAAAAGACUCAUCAUGGAUCAGCUACUUUACCUGGUGGCUGUAGUCUUGGAUCUACACAUAGUGCUGUGGCAAUGAAAUUUCCAUCAGAAGAAGGCUCAGAAUGCUCUAGUGUAACAAGUGAAAGUGGACCAGGUAGUAGAGGCCAAACACAUACUUGUCACAGUAAUAAUGCUGCAUUGAGUUUCAAAUCCAUUUUCUCGGAACUUCAAGAACACAGAGAUAGCCUUGAACGGAUGAGAGAAAAAUUAGAUGGUUUAAAGGCUUUGCAGCAAGAAGUAGCAUAUUUGUCACAUGGUCUACAAGAAGAACGUUUUCGAUGCGAUCGUCUUGAAGAACAAAUCAAUGAUCUAACCGAACUUCAUCAGAAUGAAGUAGAAAAUUUAAAACAAACAAUUACAGAUAUGGAAGAAAAAGUACAAUAUCAGAGUGAAGAUCGUUUAAGAGACAUACAUGAAAUGUUAGAAAGUUGUCAAACAAAAAUAUGUAAAAUGGAGCAUCAACAGCAACAGCAUCAACAAUAUGUUACAUUAGAAGGCCUUGACAAUAGUAAUGCAAGGGCAUUGGUCGUAAAGUUGAUAAAUGUAGUGUUAACAGUACUGCAAGUUAUUUUACUCCUUGUUGCAACAGGUGCUGGUAUUAUGAUGCCAUUCCUUAGAACCAGCUGUACUAAGCCUCAUUGUUUCAUGUGCAGGGUGCGCAUACUAACGACCACAUUCGUUGUAUUGGGUAUAGUGUUCGUGCUCAAACAAUGGCCUGAGGUGCAUGAUGUUGGAAGUCACCUCAUGCGCCAUCUUAAACAAACACUCGCCGUGAAGUAGCAUUGGUGGUAUACUUAAAUUUAAUGAAUCCGGUGAUGAUGGUGCAAAAUUGAUUACAAUAAUCAACCUUUGGAGCCAAUUUACCAAUGCUGCAUUGUUGGAGCAAUAACAUCAUAUAUGCGCAAAUAUAAUUGUUUUUGUUUACAUAUUUGAUAUUAGAUGCAUUAUUAUUAUUAAUGUAAUUAAUAUAAAAUGCAUCUAUUUGCAGUCAUUGUCUAAUUGAUUGAUAAAAUAAUUGAUUUGCAAACACCUGUGUAAUAGCAGGAAUUCUUUUCAGAAAGACUAUUAGCAAAAAGAGCAUAUGUUAAGCAUUCUUUAAAUUUAUAUUAAAAUUCGUUUCUUAUAUUAUUUGUAUAUUUAAAUCUUGUCUAGAAUCAUUGGAAUGAAGUUUCAUCUUGUAUGAUGAUGCAAUUAUUAUUCCUUGUAAAAUAAAGUCCCAUUUUUCUUUGAUGGAAUAUAGGAAGAGUGAUUGAAGAAAUGUAUAUCCUAAUGUUAUUGAACUGUACUAUGAAACGAUAUUACAGUCAUGGACAUUAACAUAAGGUGUCAAGACAUGUAUAUGAUCACUUUUCCAUGUAGUGCUGCUUAACACUGACCUUAAACACUUAAUGAGGACUUAAGAAUUGAAUAAUAUAAUAAAAGAAACUGCUGUCUUCAGUGUCUGUGGUUGGUCUAAUCGUGUCAUGCUGUUUUGGGAUGGACUUAUUCUACAUAAAAAAAAAAUUAUUAUAUGUCAUAUAUCAAAAUUUAAUAUUGAGUCCAAAAGUAGUCAAUAGUCAUGAGUCAUGGAAGUUCAUUAUUUAACAAUGGUUAUUAAGAUGAUACAAAUUAAUAUUUACAAUAGUUGAUAGUCCAUCGAUGCAAUAAUAAAAAAUUUUACUUACGAACGUUAUUAAAGUAUUCGCUAUAUAUGAUAAUUCUUCUAAAAAAUAUUUCAAUAUAAAUCUGAUAAUAUUGAAUGUCAGAAGAGGUCCAAAUAUUUUUAUCUUAUUAUAUCAUACCAGUUAAUUACUUUAUGUAUAAUGUAGAUUGUAGACCAGUUAAUAACAGAUAUAUUAUGUAUAAGCAUUGUAUUUCUUUGUUGAAGAAAUAUUUACCACCACAGACACAAAAAAAAACAAAUGUGAAUGUAUAUUUUAUGAAUAUAAAGAAAUGAUCCAUGACAGAUAAUCGAAAUGAGAGAAAGACUGAUGGACGAACUGGUUUACAUCGCUAUUAUCAUUGUGAAUAACGUAAUAAAUUCACUGCAAUUUCAUGGAGGUGUAAUUUGCUGUACAUCAGUAAACAUUACACCAUUAGAAUGAUAUAGUGAAAUGAUAGAAAUUGAUGGCAGUGUACAAGUGAUAGCUGAGUUUCAGAAUCUUUAAUAUGCAAGAAAGAUUGCUGUCAAGGUACAGAAUUGCAAAAUAUUACAAAAUAUUUUGCUUGAAAGUUGCAUCAAUAUAUCACCACUACUUAAUAGUGAGAUAAAUAUGACCUGACACUAUUUUGCUAUGCACUUUCUUCCUUUUCUCACAUAACAACAUAACAAAACUUUACAUUAUAUAGUUUGUAAAUAAAUAUUAUGAUAUUCUAUAGAGUUCCAUUCUGUAGAAGUAAAAUGGUUAAUAAGCUGUCUACAAAAGCAUUUGCUUUACAUUGUUGCCCUUAUACACUUUUUGCACAACAAUUGAGCUUAUAUUUUUUGUCUAUAAUUUAAAGUAAAUUUAUCCGGAUUCCUAUCACAAAUUUAUACAAAUCAAGUAAUGCUGUUACUGCUUUUAACAACGCAUAAUAUAUGUUGAAAAAACAAAUACUAAAUAAAUUCACAAUUUCGUAAUUCCUAACAGAGAUAUGUAUAAAUAAAGAAAUUAUUGACAAUAUCGAUUUUGCUUUUUGUCUGUCAUUGAUGAGUAUACCAUCAAAUUUCCUAAUUUCAGCUGUGAUAUAUUCUCCAGCUUCCUAAGUUGAGAAAUAUAAUUCUUAUAGAUAUUUUUACUUGUCAAUAUUAUUAUAAUUUGACAUAUCAUCUUCACAAUUUUUGUUUUCAUAUUUCUGCUAACACAAACAAGUGUUUAUUACACAGCAUGAAAAUCGAAAAUAAACGAUAAUAACUAAUAAUAAAUUAACAGGAAAUGCAAAGUAUACAAGCAUCAUCAAUAAUUCUUAAUUUUGUAAUAAAAAUGUUUAGCAUUAAAUUCUUUCUGUUAAUUAUUAAAAUAAUGUAUGUUUGCAUUAUAGCGAACUUCGUCGGACUACGUACAUAUAUCCAAUUGUUUUUAUUUUCUUAUUUUUAAAUUACAAUUAAAUUAUUAUCUAAAUCAAAUUUUAUAUACAACGUUAUUGCUUAUGUGGAUUGUUGAAAUUAGUUUAUACAUUAUAAGAAUUACUACUUUGAAUUUAAAAAAUGCUGUGACACUAUGCUAAGUUUAUAUAUAAGCUUAGCAUUUAAGAGUCAGUUUUGGGAUCAAUAUAUUCACACUUAAAGGAUUUAAAUGCAUUAUUAUACACGCAAUAAACGUAUGUCUAACUUAUUAGGAGUAUAUAGUUACAAGUGAAUAUUUAGGGUGCAUUGAAGAUAAAAUAUUAACAUGUUUAAUUCUACUAAAUAUUUCGUAUUGAUGAUUUAUGUCGUAAAUUAUUUAAAUUAUUUCUAAUAUAUCUUAUAUAAGUUAACAAUUACGUAAUGAAUAGACGAAUAUAUAGGGUGUUAAUUGAUAUAUUUCUGUAUUACUCUGUGAUUAGUCUUGUGGCUGUGUUAAAAUUUAUCUUUCUGCAUAAUAUUAUAUUUCUUCUACUUAACAAAAAAACAAAAAAAAUACAUUUAUAACGACUUCUUUAUUAUGAAUAUAAAAUAUUAAAGCACAAAUUAUAUUUUAAUAAUUUAAAAUAAUUAAAUAAAAAAAUCUUUGAAAAUGAUCUACUUUACAGUUCAGUGUACUGCAUUUGCUAAGUGACACCCUAUAUAUAAAUAUUACAUACACGUUAGACUUGGUGCUUUGUAAAAUAAAUAUAUAACGUUAUUGAUAAGAUUUAGUAAUGUAAUUGAUUAUAGGGAGGACCUCUGUAUGCACGCUUUUUAAAUCAUAAUAAUAUAUACAAAUAAAAAAAAUUAAAAGGCACAAUAUCUAUCUAAUCAAAUAGUUGAUAUUCUACGUUCAAGUGGAAUUUUCGGAAAUUUAUCAAAAAUAGACGUAUUUUGUACUUUAUAUUAUAUUACAAUUUUCUAUAAGUUUUUUUUUUAUAUCAGCGCUAUUUACAAUUUUAUAUGUAUUUUGUAAUUACGAAGCUGCAUCAAUAGACAUGAAAAGUAUUGUGUAUGCUUCAUAAUUUACAGCAAUAAAUCAUUAAAGUCCAUGAAAAUUAGUCUACUAUCAUGAGCAGUACUACAGGGGUCCCAUAUAUAUAUAUAUAUAUAUAUAUAUAUAUAUAUAUAUAUAUAUAUAUACAUAUAUAUAAUAGAGAUAAAAUGAGGUGAUAAUUACAUGCAUUGUUAUUGAUGCCUUGCAUAGAUAGUUAAUGUUAAAUCAUAGAAUAAAUAUUCAUUGUCAAUUGUAGAUGAUGUGGAUAACACAGGCAGCAAUUACAAAAUCUUUUAUCAUAUAUACACAUUUAUAUAUGAUGAUUAGACAAAUAUUAUGAUAACAAUAAGACAGUUAAAAUUUAUGUUUGGAUUUAAUUAUACCAAUAAAUAUAUGUGUUCUGCAACAUUUGUUAUAUUGAUUUAGAUCGUAGCUGCGUGUGAAAUCUAAAAUCCAUGUAGCUAUUCGUGCCACUAUGUAAUUAUUAUUAAUAUUACCAUAAAAUAAAACAAUUUUUUUUUUAAUAGAAAA